CCCUCAGCAGCCCGCCCUCCUCUGCCUGGCGCCAGGAGGCUGAUUUUCCACUCGCUGGUGAGAAAGUUCCAUGCCACUGUUUCUCUUUCUCUCUCUUUCUGGAGUUAAAUUUGUUUGCAGAUACUUGCAGUUUAAGACGCCUGGAGUUGUUUGUUUGUAACUGGGGCCCAAAGCCCUGUUGCUUUCAAACGCAAAAGCAGAGCCCACAGUGAACCCGCGGCGCCCUGAGGCCACUUCGCCUUGCUGCCCUGAGUCGGUGCAGGGUCUGCAGUGCCCACACCGCUGUCACUCUGAGAGGCCAGCCCAGGAAGCCAAGGCCACUGGUGCCUGCAGCCGGCUCAGGAAGCACCAGAUCAGCCACUGCGGUGAUACAGUGGCAUAGUCAUGCUCCGCCAUCGGUGUCGUCCUGUCUGUGCCCCCGCCUAGUCUCACCAGAAGCCACAAUUGCAUCGCCCUUUUCUGCCUCUUGAGCAUCCUAUCCCCAGCCCACCAGCCACCAUGGCGGCCUUGAUCGCUGAAAACUUCCGCUUCCUGUCUCUCUUCUUCAAGAGCAAGGAUGUGAUGAUUUUCAAUGGACUGGUGGCUCUGGGCACGGUGGGCAGUCAGGAGCUGUUCUCUGUGGUAGCUUUCCACUGUCCCUGCUCACCUGCCCGGAACUACCUGUACGGGCUGACGGCCAUUGGCGUGCCAGCACUGGCACUCUUCCUUAUUGGAGUCAUCCUCAACAACCACACUUGGAACCUCGUUGCUGAGUGUCAGUACCGGAGGGCCAAGAACUGCUCCGCCGCCCCCAACUUCCUCCUCCUGAGCUCCAUCCUGGGCCGUGCAGCCGUGGCCCCUGUCACCUGGUCCGUCAUCUCCCUGCUUCGAGGGGAGGCCUACGUCUGUGCUCUCAGCGAGUUCGUGGACCCCUCCUCGCUCACAGCUGAGGAUGAAGGCUUCCCCUCAGCUCACGCCACAGAGAUCCUAGCCAGGUUCCCUUGUGGAGAGGGCCCUGCCAACCUGUCGGGCUUCCGAGAGGAGGUCAGCCGUAGGCUCAAGUAUGAGUCCCAGCUCUUUGGAUGGCUGCUCAUCGGUGUGGUGGCCAUCCUGGUGUUCCUGACCAAGUGCCUCAAGCACUACUGCUCGCCGCUCAGCUACCGCCAGGAAGCCUACUGGGCACAGUACCGCACCAACGAGGACCAGCUCUUUCAGCGCACAGUCGAGGUGCAUUCAAGGGUGCUGGCUGCCAACAACGUGCGCCGUUUCUUCGGCUUUGUGGCCCUCAACAAGGAUGACGAAGAGCUGGUCGCCAAGUUCCCAGUGGAAGGCACACAGCCACGACCACAGUGGAAUGCUAUCACUGGGGUUUACUUGUACCGCGAGAACCAAGGCCUCCCACUCUAUAGUCGCCUACACAAGUGGGCCCAGGGCCUGACAGGUAAUGGCACGGCCCCUGACAACAUGGAGAUGGCCCUGCUCCCUUCCUAGAGCCUGCUUCCUUGCAAGUGGAACUCGUCUCAAAGGAACCCUCGUGGCAUGCUCACCUCUGCAUCGGUUUUUCUAUUAACUACAGUGUCUUGGGCAUAGACACUGGGACAUAAAACAACUAGGAGUUCCUAAGGAUCUUGUGGGCCACAUGGUCCACAGAAAGUAGGGAUGGGUUGGGGGGACUGACUUCCCAGACCUGCUGAAAUCAUCUCCUGUGGCCACCAACACUGCUCACAGCUACGGACUCUCCCAGAGCUGGUCCUUCACUAUGACGUGGGUGCUCUUUGGUGGACCUGCAAACUGAGAAGCACCAGCCGGUGGAGCCUGGUGCCAGUCCAACCCACUGGGGGGGGGCUGUUAUUGCAUAGUACACUUCAUGCAGUUAACUUGUGUCUAAUUGCAUAGGGAAGCUCAGCUCCUCAGUGUACAGCUAGGAAGCUAUCUCCAUUGUAUACCUCUGGCCUAAUUUUAUAUAUUUAAACUUUUUGAUAAAACCUCUUACUUUAAAAGCCUAAA